CAUAUUGGAACGAGCUCUGUGCUGUGCAGUUGGAAGACGUCGCUCGCUGGCUUCCACCGAACGAAAAAGGCUCGCAAAUUUGAUUCGAAAAAAACAUAAUUAAGUGUAGGAAUGAGGGAGAUGCAGUGAAGACUGGGGAGUCUGAAGACAGACGGACAAAGGGUAAAAGGGUAAAGGUCACCAGGAAGAGAGAGCAGGAUGCAGUCCCGCCCACAGGACAGGCCGUUGGCCCUCUCCGCGGGGAAAUCCCACAGCCCGACCAAUGGGAGAGAAGAACAGGUGUACUCAGACGCAGACUCCAUGGAGGAAGAGGCCGACUUUAAUUGGGAGGAGUACCUAGAGGAGACGGGGGCGACCGCUGCACCCCACACAGCUUUCAAACAUGUGGACAUCAGCCUACAGAGCAGCUUCCAGCCGGGGAUGAAGCUGGAGGUGGCCAAUAAGAGCAGGCCAGACACUUACUGGGUGGCCACCAUCGUCACCACCUGCAGCCAGCUGCUGCUGCUGCGCUUCAGUGGCUACGGAGAUGACCGCAAGGCCGACUUCUGGUGUGAUGUCAUGACAGCCGAACUCCACCCAGUAGGCUGGUGCACCCAGAACAACAAGACCCUCCAACCCCCUGAAGAUAACGUUUACCUAAGAAAAGCCAUCAAGGAGAAGUACAGUGACUGGACAGAUUUUCUCAUCCAGGACUUGACUGGCUCACGGACCGCACCAGCAAACCUACUGGAAGGGGCUCUGAGGGGGAAGAACACAGUGGAUCUGAUUGUGGAGGGUUCGGUGAUGGAGGUACGGGACCUCACUGACCCCUACCUCUACUGGGCUGCCCGCGUCGCCCAUAACAUUGGUGGGAGGCUCCGCCUACGCCAUGUAGGUCUCCAAGACGACGCCCACGACACCUGGCUGUUCUACCUCGACGUGAGGCUCCGCCCACUGGGCUGGGCUCAGGAGAACCGCCUGUCACUGGAACCCCCAGCAGAGUUGCGCGGCCUGAAGAGCGCCCUCGAGUGGCAGGAGGCCCUGGAGGCGGUGCGGAGCGAGGCCCAGCAGAACCCACUGCCCCUGGAGGUGUUUAAGGACCAUGCAGACUUGACCAAGCACUCCUUCAGGACGGGGAUGAAGCUGGAGAUGGUGUCGCCGUCGGAACCGUUCCACAUCUGCCCUGUAUCUGUCACACAGGUCUACAAUGAGCACUACUUCCAGGUCACAGUGGAUGACCUCACUCCAGAGGCCACACCCCUGUCCCUGGUGUGCCAUUCUGAGUCGCCGGGCAUCCUCCCCGUCCAGUGGUGUCUGAAGAACGGGAUUGGUCUAGAGCGGCCCAGGGGCUACCAGAGCCAGGACUUUGAUUGGGCGGACUACCUGAAACAGAGUUGGACUGAGGCCGCCCCCGACGCAUGCUUCCCUGACGCGUGGCAGAGCCGAGGCUUCGCUAAAGACAUGUGGCUGGAGGCCGUUAACCCUGUCAGGCCCACAGAGGUGUGUGUGGCUCAGAUCACACAGGUCAGGGGUCGCCUGCUGUGGCUCAGACUGGAAGGCCUGCCUAAGUCUGUCCCUGAAUGUAUUGUGGAUGUGGAGUCCAUGGACAUAUUUCCUGUAGGAUGGUGUGAGACCAAUGCUUACCUCUUGACUCCACCACUGAAGCCUGUCUGCCAGCAGCAGAAGAAGAUAGCCGUCGUCCAGCCAGAGAAGCAGUUGGCUCCGCCGCAACCCGUGGAGACAAUCCCUCUCGACCUCUGCGAGCCCGUUGCCAUGGACACAGGCUCAGCCAAUGGGAGAUACUGUUGUUCCAGGAUCUACGUGAACCACCACUGUUUCUCUGGCCCUUACCUGAACAAGGGGCGCAUCGCUGAGCUGCCACAGGCUGUAGGGCCGGGGAAAUGCACUCUGGUCCUCAAAGAGGUGCUUAGCAUGCUAAUCAAUGCGGCCUACAAGCCUGGGCGUGUCCUGAGGGAACUACAGGAUGUGGAUUUGCAGCACUGGGACUGCCACGAGGAGACCCUCAAAGCCAAAUACAAAGGGAAGACGUAUCGAUCGUCCAUGCGGAUCGUGCGUCUGGCAGAGCAGAUCCCAGACUUCUGUCGUAGAGUGUGUGUGAAGCUGCAGUGCUGUCCCAACCUCUUCAGCCCCGUCCAAGUCACAGGCCAGUGUCCUGAGAGCUGCUCCAUGCAGACCAAGACCAAAUAUAGUUGGUGUGUGCGUGCGCGAACAAAUACAGUAAUUUUCUACAAGUCGUAUUACUACGGUAAGAAGAAGAAGCUGUCUAAGCCGUUUGGAGGAGAGGAGAGUCUGGAGGCCAAACCCACACGACGCAGGAAGAAGAGGAAGGCCAUCUUUGUCCAGAAGAAACGGCGUUCGUCUGCAGUGGACUACACUCCUGCAGGGUCACCACAGGACAGUGAUGAAGACGAGGAUGAAGAUGAUCUUAUGUUGCAGUCGGGCAGUGAAGAAGGCACCAGCUCUGAGCCACGCGAGGACCACAUAGCCACCUCCACAGAGGAUGUGGCUAACAGCCGGCCGCGGCGCACCGUGACGCUACGCAGGGCCACCCAUACCGGCAUAGCUUCGGGCAGCCGUGAGGGUCCUGAAAGCAGGCGGAGCACUCGGUCCCUGUCAUAUAACCAGGGGAACAAGUACCACCCACCCAAGAGACAGGAGAUGCAGGUGGAGUGUAGUGAGGCGGAGUGCCGGCUGGUGUUGGAGAGGAACCCUCUGGAGUGGUCCGUAGAAGACGUGGUCACCUUCAUCACCUCCACCGACUGUGCUGCUCUCGCCAACAUCUUCCAGGAGCAGGACAUAGAUGGCCAGGCGUUGUUGUUGCUGACCCUGCCCACCGUCCAGGAGUGUAUGGAGCUGAAGCUGGGUCCAGCCAUCAAGCUGUGUCACCAGAUAGAGAGGGUCAAGGUGGCCUUCUAUGCCCAGUACGCCAACUGAUCCUGGGCAUCUCACCUGGCACCUUUUACCCUGUAGAGCACAGGCUGUCUGGAGACACCACGCCCAGUACACCUUCAUCCGAGGAAGAGGAGGAGAGAUGAUUUCGCUUAAUGCCAAGUCUGGGAUUACCUGGUAUGGAAGGCUGGGAGGAAAGUGGGAAAACUGGUAAUGCUGUCGCUUAGGAAUUCCUCAAUUCUGGACAUGGAUUACCCAGCCACUUUUCCGUGGAUUACUGAUGUCACAUAGAGAAGGAAGUGACUUCAGAGGAAGUAGAAGAGGAGCUUCCCACGUACGGAGCUCAGGACGUCAUCUGCGACAACAGGCAGAGAUGGAUUGGAAGGUUCAGAUUUCCAUAGUAUUGUGUGGAAGGAUCAGUCAACUGUGAAUGGUUGAGUACGAUACAUAUGAGUCAAUCCAUAUGGAAUACAGAUCUGUGAAGAAACUGAUCGAAAUUGAGGAUUAUUUUCUUGGAACAUUUUGAAAUCGAGGAUUAUUUUCUCGGAAAAUCGUUUUUUUUUUUUUUACAUGCUGUUUGAGACUAAUGGCUCUGGCAGCGUUUAACUUAUGAACAAAUGUUAUUAAUUAUUUGUUCAAUGUUUUCCCUCUGUUAUAUUUAAGUAAAUUAGCUUAAUAUAUUUAAUUAACGAAAAUCGGUUAGUAACCUACAAUAUAUUUGCAAUAUUUAUUGUAUUCCUUAUUGAAUAGAUGUCAAAUCUAAUUUGGAUGUAAGAAAAAUAUAUAUAGAGAGAGUUGAUAGGCUAUUGACAUGUCCAAGUCUUUGGGUUCAAAUAUGUAUUUAAGGAAGUUCAUGAGUUAUUCCAGUCAAUAGUAAUUUAGUCCUGUUAUUAAAUCAUCCGUGUUUUCUUGUGUGCAUAGGGAAAUAUUAGGUCCGUUGCAUUUUCUCAUUAAGUUUGUAAAAAAUCCUGGUUACACUUUAUUUGGAUAGUCCAUCUGUAGAUGCUCUACGGGCUAUCAGUAACAUUUCAACUAACUACUAACCCUUAUUCUAAACCUUACCCUAACCGUAACCUAACCCUUAUUCUAAACCGUACCCUAACCCUAACACUUAUUCUAAACCGUAACCUAACCCUUAUUCUAAACCGUACCCUAACCGUAACCUAACCCUUAUUCUAAACCGUACCCUAACCCUAACACUUAUUCUAAACCGUAACCUAACCCUUAUUCUAAACCGUACCCUAACCGUAACCUAACCCUUAUUCUAAACCUUACCCUAACCGUAACCUAACCCUUAUUCUAAACCUUACCCUAACCAUAACCUAACCCUUAUUCUAAACCGUACCCUAACCGUAACCUAACCCUUAUUCUAAACCUUACCCUAACCAUAACCUAACCCUUAUUCUAAACCGUACCCUAACCGUAACCUAACCCUUAUUCUAAACCUUACCCUAACCGUAACCUAACCCUUAUUCUAAACCUUACCCUAACCUAACCCUAACCCUUAUUCUAAACCUUACCCUAACCGUAACCUAACCCUUAUUCUAAACCUUACCCUAACCGUAACCUUAGCAAGCAGUUGCUUAUCAACAGACGGUCAGUUGCUUAUCAACAGACGGUCAGUUGCUUAUCAACAGACGGUCAGUUGCUUAUCAACAGACGGUCAGUUGCUUAUCAACAGACGGUCAGUUGCUUAUCAACAGACGGUCAGUUGCUUAUCAACAGGCGGUCUGUUGCUUAUCAACAGGCGGUCUGUUGCUUAUCAACAGGCGGUCUGUUGCUUAUCAACAGACGGCCUGUUGCUUAUCAACAGACGGCCUGUUGCUUAUCAACAGACGGCCUGUUGCUUAUCAACAGACGGUCAGUUGCUUAUCAACAGACGGUCAGUUGCUUAUCAACAGAUGGUCUGUUGCUAGUAUCUACAAUGUGACCAAAGUCCUGAAUUAGCUUUUUACCCUUUUCACUUUUUAAGAAGUUGCUUUCACAAUCAUGUAAACAGUCAAAUACGUUGUAUCCAUCUAUGCAAAACCCGGUGCAGAUAUUUUUGAUAAGUGUUGAUAAGAAAAUACAUUUCUACUGAUUUUGUAAUGACGUUUUGUUUUCUAGUUUUUAUAGAGAUGAAGAAUUCAUCAAAGUGUUUUUUAAAACCACGUAUAAACUCACAGGCGGGUAGGCCUGAAUGAACUACGUAGGUAGUCAUAACCAUUCCAUUACCGAUUUGGAUUUCAUUGUGUUUCUUCAUGCAGGCAGUGACUAAUAGCCUGUUGUAUUUCCAAGACUGUAACAUGUUCUUAAUGUAAUAUACAUUGAAUUGAAUACAGACAGUACAUAUUCAGAUGAGAGUGUUUCACAGCAGCAAGACGGGUCGUGCUUCACCAGUUCUCUGUUACUGCACAGUUGAAUUCAUUUAAUAGCACAUACACCAACUCUGACACUUUCCAUUGAGCCAGUCUGAAAAGUGUUUUAAUCAACUGCUACCUAAAAUGGUUGCUUGGCAACACAAUUUCUACCCUCUGUUUUGCAUGAUUUUUUUUCCCUUUUCCCAGCUGUAUCUGAAAACAAACUGGAUACAUUUUGAUUGCCGAGGAGUAAACAACCAUUUAACUGGUUAAACAUUUUUUAAAAGCUGUUUAAUAAAAAAAAUAUCUCAUGUACAAGACAA